CUUUCACAAUAGUGUUUUUCCGACUCAUAUGAAUAAACCACAGUUAUUUCACCACAGUUUAUUAGCUUUGUGAAACAUUAUGAAUCUGGGCAUCUAAUUAGAUUUUAAACAAACCAACAGACACUUAUGGAAGAAGAUUAUUAUUUUAGAUAUUAUUUAUAGUCCAAUUUAUAUUUCAAACGUUUUAUAUUUUAUAUUUGCCUCUUGAACACAAGGUGGCGCCACAGAGAACCUGGAUAAAUGAAAUGCCAAGGAAAAAAGUUUUGCGCUACAGCCAGGCGAGUCAGACCCUCUUGUGUAUCUCUUUCUCAGGAUCUGCCACGUAAACUGAGGCACGUCUGUUGUCUGACAGGUGAAUUCCUCGUGUGAACCACUGCGCUCUGCUGUGGCCCGGCUGGCUCUUCCCUCCUCUUUUCUCCUCCUCCUGUUUAUGUCAAAGAGGUUUCUUCUCUCUUGAGCCAAAGCGCACCAGACGCGUUCCACUUCGCGCACCCUGAAUUUCGGUCUGUCUGGAUUUUAACGAUAAACUCAAGUCAUCUUUAUGUCACCUUUAUGCCACCAAACAAUGGCAGCGCUGUGUGGAAAACCCACUGAAUAGAGGACUUAAUAAAGUGAAGAGGACACAACAUCUGAAGGAACAUGGAUUUUGGCAAUGAUGUGGACUUAUCUAACAACAACAUUACCCCUUUGUGGAGAAGGCGCUCAGAUAACUGCCGAAGUCCCCAAAUCUCACGAAACACUAAACCGCGACCAGUCAGCUAUCACAUCAACGGGGUCAUGACGACGGACUUCCCUGUGGAGGACAAGUGCUCUUUUACUUUGAGCCAACCUGAUGAAAGGAUACUGGCGACACCCACUCCCACCACAACAGUGCUCAAGCAUGUGCUCAACAAACCUGCCAAAAAGAACCGCGUUGUUCGUAGCAUCAGCAUCGGGCACUUUUCCAAUGGACGCUUCUCACUUCCGAAAUUUAGAUCUGAGGAUAAUAGAUCUGCCUCCCUGGAUAAUAGGAUUUGUAAUGGGGAAUCUAACAAAGGGAAAUAUAAUAAUGGUAUGACGGUAUGGCCUGAAAAGAAGAGGCUAUCCGGACAACUGAACUCACAAAAAGAUACAUUAAGUACAUCUGACAUUCACUCUUCUGUCCCUCCCCCACAAACUCCAAAUGGUAACAGCUAUCAUGAACUGUCAUCUUCAUCAUCAAACUCCUCUCCGCUUUGUCGUACCCCCACCCCGUCCCAUAGCUCCACAUCCAGCAUCCCAUCUCUGUCCUCUCUCAACUCCUCGGACCCCCCAACCCCACGCUCUUCCUCACCAGACAGGACACAAAGCAAAUGCUCUGUCUCUGAAUCACGUCAUUCCUCAUCUUCCUCUACCUCUCCGUCCAUCUCUCCUCCGCCACCCAUUGUCCUCAGCACCAACAGCCCGGCCGCUCGGAAGAUGGGCACCCAGCAGCUUAUCCCCAAAGGUUUGGCGUGUGAAGUGCGACAAAGCAAAGGGGCCUCUCCUGCCGGGACCCAAGGCCAAGGGUUAGCCGCUCUGCUGGGGCUGGACCACACCAAGCGGUCGACAAAAGCUCUGAGCAUGGUAGAAACAGGAGCUUAUUUUUCAACAGGGGCGCAGAGACAGGAAGAGGAGGAUGGAGAUAGCCCGGGAACUCUGAGGAGAGGCCUGAGGAGUACCUCCUACAGAAAGGCAGUGGUCAGUGGAGUGGAUGAGGUGGAUGGGAUCUCUCUGGAAGCUAAAGGUUUACAACUGUCACAAGCUGUCAUCAAAGGACUAAAUAGGGAGAAGACAGCUUCACCAACUAGUCCAACAAGCAAUACCAAUGCAAGCCCAACUAGUCCAAAAUCUCCUAGUACUCCAAAACUUCUUGCACUUGCAAGUCCCAAAACAAUGAAACCAUCCAGCCCUGGGACAGCAAAACCACCAAGCAAAGGAAAAAUUAAGAUAAGCCCGGAGAAGAAGAAUGUACUGACCAGCCAGCGAACAUUUGAUAGUGAAGAGGAGGAGUUGUACCAGAACUACCAGGAAAAGGCCUUGCAUAAUGAUUCUGAUGAGGAUGCUGAUUCCAGAGAGCCCGAACCUGACAACAACAUCGUGGUGCAGUACAAGCCCCUGCGCACCUCCUGGAGCCAGCUCAGUGUGGUGAAGAAAAGUGGCCUGUCUGAACGCUUAACUCAAGAGGAACGUAAGAGACAAGAGGCCAUCUUUGAAGUGAUCUCCUCUGAGCAUUCAUACCUCCACAGUCUGGAGGUCCUGAUCCGAAUGUUCAAGAACUCCACAGAGCUGAGUGAGGCCAUGACCAAGACUGAGCACCACCACCUCUUCUCCAAUAUAACAGACGUCUGCGAAGCCAGUAAAAAAUUUUUCAGUGAGCUGGAAGAAAGACAUCAGCAGAGUAUAGUCAUCCAUGACAUCAGUGAUAUUGUCUGUAAACACGCUGAGUCCAACUUCGAUCCGUAUAUCACCUACUGCUCCAAUGAGGUGUACCAGCAGCGGACUCUACAGAGGCUUGUGUCGAAGAAUCCGGCUUUUAAGGAGGUGCUGACCAGGAUCGAGAGCGACCCAGACUGCAGAAACCUCCCUAUGAUCUCCUUCCUGAUUCUUCCCAUGCAGAGGAUCACCCGACUGCCCCUCCUCAUGGAUACUAUUUGCCACAAGACACCUAAAGAUUCAGCGCAGUAUGAGGAAUGUAAAAAGGCUUUGCAAGCUGUUAGCAAGGUGGUGAGGAAGUGUAAUGAAGGAGCUCGCACCAUGGAGAGAACGGAGAUGAUGUACACCAUCAACUCUCAACUAGAGUUCAAAAUUAAGCCCUUUCCCCUGGUCUCGUCCUCAAGAUGGAUGGUAAAAAGAGGAGAGCUGACUGCAUUUGUAGAAGACAGCGGUAUCUUUCUUAAACGGACAUCACGGCAACAGGUCUACUUCUUCCUGUUUAAUGAUGUCCUAAUCGUCACCAAGAAGAAGAGCGAGGAGAGCUACACUGUCAUUGACUACGCUUUGAGAGAUGAGAUCUGGGUGGGUUCCUGUCUGCCAGAGGACGUGAGCCUGUCUCCAGUCCGAAGUACCACCAGCAUGCUCAGCUCCAAACAGGGCACCAACCACCUAUUCAAACUCAACUUCAGGAGCAACCACUCAGGGGAGAAGGUUCUCAUGAUCCUUGGCACAGACUCUCUGAAUGAACGUGCUCGCUGGAUCAGUGCCUUGGGACAGAGUGUCAACAAGAAGAGCCUUGAUAGAAAUGCUAUGCAAGUGGAGGUAAUCAGGACGUACACAGCUAAGCAGCCUGAUGAGUUGCCCCUGCAGGUGGCAGAUGUGGUUCUGAUCUCACAGACAGUAGAUGGCUGGUAUGAGGGGGAGCGCUUGCGUGAUGGGGAGAGGGGGUGGUUCCUCAUGGAAUGCACCCAGCCAAUCACAUGCCAGGCUACCAUUGAGCGAAACAUGCAGAGGAUGGACCGCUUACAGGGGCUGGAGACCAAUGUGUGA